CGUGCUUUAUUAUUUUCAUCGAUUCCACGUGCCGGUUGUGUUAUCUUCCUAUUUCAGUUGCAUAAUUAUCAAUUAGGACCGACUUCGAGAAUUAGUUAAAAAUGCCGCCAAGAAAGAGACAGAAAACAGACUCGGUGUCAAAAGCAGAGAUGAAACCGGCUGAGACAAAAGCAAAAGUGGCAACUUCAUCCAAGGGAAGCCCAGCAGGAGGGGGCGUGACCUACACCAGGUGGCUCAUGAAAUCGGAACCGGAAAGCCGCUUCGAGAAAGGGGUAGAUGUCAAAUUUGGCUUGGAGGAUCUGAAGAAGGAGCCCAAUCAGACAGCAUGCUGGGAUGGCGUGCGGAACUACCAGGCUCGCAACUUCCUUCGCGAUCAGAUGAAGGUCGGCCAUCUUGCCUUCUUCUACCACAGCAACACCAAAGUGCCUGGCAUUGCUGGCCUUGUCAAGAUCACAAAAGAGGGUUACGUGGAUCACACCCAGUUUGACAAGAAAGAUCCCCACUUCGACAGUUCAAGUCCGAAGGACAACCCGCGCUGGUACAUGGUAGACGUGACAUACGUCAGGGACACCAAGCGCUUCAUCUCGUUAGCUGAACUCAAAGCUCUCUACCAGAAGCACGCCACGAGCGGGGGACCGCUGAAGAACCUUGCUCUCUUCACGCGAGCAAGGCUGUCCGUGCAGCCAGUAACCGAAGAGGAGUUUGACUUUAUCUUGGAACUUGAAGACAAGCCUGCUCCGUGAGAACCCACUCAAGAAAGCACUAAAGAGAUUACCAGCAGUCAAGUUGUAAUUCAUUUCAAUCAUGUAUUUUUGUACUAAUCAGAUAAUAAAAGAGUUUUUCAUUCUUU